AUAAUUAAACAAAAAAUGUCUCUUUCUCUUUACAGCCCAUUUGUUUCCACUGGAUACUCCCACUGCAACCACCCAAACCAUAUCCCGCCGCCGUCGACGACGACGACGACAUCUGCUUUGCCACCGUCACUGCGUCACCUGAGAAGAGAAGUAAGAAGCGUCUUAACUCGCUCGUUGGAUCCAAUGGAAGUUAGUGGCGUAGAUUCCGAGGGUAAAGAGUUCAACAGCGCCCAAGAGAUGUGGAGAGAAGCAAUCGGUGAAGAAGGAGAUGAAACCAAGAAAACCCAAUGGUACAGAGACGGUGUUUCUUACUGGGAAGGUGUUGAAGCUUCUGUUGAUGGAGUAUUAGGAGGAUACGGGCAUGUGAAUGACGCUGAUAUUACAGGAAGUGAGGUUUUUCUAAAGACUCUUAUCCAAGAAAGAUUAGUUAAUGGAGGAGCAAAUCAGCAUCUAGUGGCUCUUGAUUGUGGUUCUGGCAUUGGAAGGAUCACCAAGAAUCUUCUGAUACGGUACUUCAACGAGGUUGAUCUUCUUGAGCCUGUAGCGCAGUUUCUUGAUGCUGCACGUGAGAAUUUGGCAUCUAUUGGCUCAGAAACGCACAAAGCAACUAACUUUUUCUGUGUACCUCUUCAGGAGUUUACUCCACCUGCUCAAAGGUACGAUGUCAUAUGGGUUCAAUGGUGCAUUGGGCAUCUCACUGACGAUGAUUUUGUCUCUUUCUUCAACCGAGCAAAGGGAUGCCUUAAACCCGGUGGGUUUUUUGUUGUGAAAGAGAAUCUCGCUAAGAAAGGAUUUGUAUUGGAUAAAGAGGAUCGUAGCAUCACCAGAUCCAAUCCGUACUUUAAAGAGCUCUUUCGACGAUGUGGGUUACAUCUCUAUCAGACAAAGGAUCAGAAGGGUCUUCCUCAAGAGUUAUUUGCUGUAAAAAUGUAUGCUUUGACGGUUGAUAUACCACCAAAAGUCCACAAAACCAGGUCGAAAACUCGCAGCAACAGACCACAAAUCAUCAAAUGAUAGGCUACUGGUUUGUGUUUUACGAGUUUUUAAUCUUGAUUUAAAGAGAGAAGCUAUCAAAGAUAUGUGAAUCAAGGCUUGUCUGCUUCACGAAUGUUUCACAGUCACGUAGUUUGGUUUUGGCAUGUUCGAAUCUCCUGACCUCGCCUUAAUUUUUAAGCACCUUAUUGUUUGUUGUCUGAUAAUUUGUCCGAACUUCAUGAUAUAUGGACUAGAAUUUUCACAUUAGCUAGAGGAUAACGAUACUCUUCGA